AUGGAAAAUUUCAGAGUUGUUCAGAUGAUGGUGGUGGUGACAAGUGUAAUGGUGAUGGUGUCAUUGGUGGCCUCAGGAGAUCCAAUUCAGCUUCAUAGGGUGGGAGGCUCCAAAGGUUGGAGGCAGGAUGUGAACUAUACUGAAUGGUCUGCUCAAGAACAUGUCAUUGUUUGUGAUUGGCUCAUGUUCGUGUUUGACAAACGAUACUUCAACGUUCUGGAAGUGAACAAGACAAGCUACGAGAAUUGCAUAGACAGGGACUUCAUAAAAAACGUGACACGAGGUGGUCGUGAUGUGGUGCAAUUGACAGAUCCAAAGACAUAUUACUAUAUCUCUGGUGGAGGGUACUGUUUUCAUGGAAUGAAAGUUGCUGUGAACGUUGAAGAAUACCAAGAACCUGUGCCAGCAAAUGCACCAUCACCAUCUAAGAUUGUGUCUGCUUCUAUUUUGCCCUCAGUGUACACUUGCAUUUGGAUCAUUGUUGCUAAUGUGCUUUAUGUGAAUUUGGUUUCAAUGGGCAUUUUGUAA